AUGAGUUCUCCAGAACACCAGAACGAGCCACUGCAACCGUCGACACCGCCAAGUGGGACGCGAGCAGCGGGCAGUAACAGAUACCUCAAGACGCCCGUUAGCGCACACCAUACCAAGCAACAUCCGCACACGCCGUAUACUCCCCAUCAUAAUCCCAAAAAACAGGCCGUGGCAGUGUCUCCCGUUGCCCACCACACACGCGGACAGCAGCAGCUGCAAACACCAGACCAGACGCCAAGGAUCGGCCGACGUAAAGACGUGACAGAUGCGAUAACCUCCAAAAUCGGCGAGUCCAGCGUUCUUUUUCCCCUGGCGCCCUCAACAGUUGGUUCUGGGCGCAAGUCGCACGUCGGCGGGCCCAGACUGGAGAACGCCGGGCUUGAUCUCAGCAAAUCCUACAAGAUCGACCUGGAGGAGGAGCUACAGUUUUCGUCGGAGGAAGAGGGAGAAUGUCUGCCGCAGAGACUGGACAAAGUCACCAAGAAGCUCGAUUUCAAUACCAAUGAGUUUGUUGCACCGUCAACCCCUGCCAAGCAGGUAAUGACGGAGGAGCAAGCCUACAAGAUGCAUAUUGCUCCGCAGCGGCCCGACUCCGGCGAAGACGACGAGCGAUUUGUCUCGCGAGCCACAAUCAACAACCCGUUCCUGGAGAGCGGAGAGCCAAAGGGCGCAGGAGAAACAUCCAAAUAUUCUCGGUUCGAGGAGGAAAUGGAGCUGGUGAACAACAAAACAGGGGAGAAGAUAGUUCGCAAACUGACCGAUUAUGAGAAAUCCAUCAAGGCGCGCCGCCUGGACUUCAGCAGCGCACUUGAUGAAGACGUGGCUCCCCAAACGCCACGCAAUAAGGUAACGCCCGGACCUUUCAAGCAACAAGACUGGGAGGACGAGAGCGACGACGGCGAGAUAAUACGAAAGGAGAAGAUAAAAAAUCCUUUUCGCGGGCAGUCCCUUUCAUCUGCAAGAUCACAAUCAGCACGCAAAGCAGGCCAGGGUCAUCUGAGAUACGUGGACAAGACCGGUAAGGCAGUGCGGGAGCUUGUGGACGAAGAGUCUUCAAUGAGACCGCGCAAACUAAGAUUCGACACAGAUUAG